AGAACAAACUCGGUGUGCAUGAAUGAAUGUUUUUGUUGAUUUUUCUACUGGCUAGCUACAACUCAAUAGCAUCCUCGUCGUCGAUUCUUGUCGACUUCACCAGCCAUGCAAUCCAGCCGACGCCACAGGCCUACAUCAUCGAGUAUAGUCCCCCGGUGGGAUAUCCACCUUCAGGAUCAGCGGUCGAGGGAACCACCUUCUAUUCGCUCAUCAAUGGAACAAUAUCUGCUACAGACUACACAGUUUCAAUCAGUGCAAUUUUGAUGGAUGGUACAAGACAGAAUAUCGGAGAACUAACAGUUUUUAGUAGUCCCGAUGCUCCAACACUUGAUUCAAUUGAAACUACUGAACAUGAAGCUACAAUUUCUUAUUUUCCACCACAGGGACAAAAUAUUACUUAUCACAUGGAAUAUUACCCAGAAGAACACAAAGAAUAUACCAAUCCAAUUGAUACAAAAACAGCACUUGUAAAACUACGAGGUCUUGAUUCUGGAACAACUUUUCGACUUCGUAUUCGAUCAGUUUAUCAAGGUGUCUUGUCUCAAGAAUUUAUAGAUACAACUUUUACAACUCAAGGAACAGCAAACUAUGAUUAUUCAUCUUCUGCUGAACAGUACAGUGUCAAGACUUUGCCUCCAAAUUUCAAUAUCGGACUGCAAACUACUACAGAAAUGACGUCGUAUGAAUAUUCGAGAGAAGUUGAAGAAGAUCCCACUAUUACAACGCCACUAGUAGCAGUAACUACAACAUUUACCCCUCCGGUUCGGGAAACUGUGAUGGUUUCAACUACAACCGCCGAGUCAUCAACGACUUCAACUAUCCCUGAAGUUACUGAAACAGAAGUAUCAACAACAGAAGUUACACUUCAAAAAGAAACAACUACUCCGAGAAGGCCAACUACCACAAAACCUAAAGCUUCACCAAUGGAAGUUAAUUCUGGUGACCUAGGUGAAGAUCAUCCUUCUGAGAAUACUAACGUUCUUGUGGAUCUUCCAGAAAUGAUUAAAGAAUAUGGUGAACCAUCAGAAAUAUGGUUAUCUGAUGAGAACGAGAUGCUUCGUCUUGAUUGGGAAGCUCCAGAAAAUGCAAAUUGUGAAGCUUUCUUCGUCAACUACACUAUUCUGACACUCAGCAGGCCUCGUUCAUUCUCUCUAGCAACAUCUGAUGAGAAUGCAAAUAUUAAAAUGUUCCCAGAGCAUACCCUAGACAUCCGUGUAUUUUGUAUGAUUGCUGGUGCUCUGAGUAAAACAUGGUGGGGACAUCGAAUUGCGCAUCUAUCGAAACCAAAGCAAUUGGAAAAUGUUCGAGUUACUGAAGUGAAUACCGAUGAGUUCUACGUAGCAAGUAUUAAGUUAGCAUGGGAUUGGCCGGUUUAUCAUGACUUCAAAAGUUAUAAAAUUGUUAUUUCAUUUGGAAUUGGAAGAGCUGAAAGUAAAGAGAUGGAAGUGACAAAUAAAGAAGAAUUUGUGCUUUUGGACAAGUUGGAUCCAUCGAAUAGUUAUUCAAUUUCAAUACGGAAUGCAUCCACUGAAUUAUCACUUACUUCUAAAACUACACAACUUGAGCAAGUUACAGCUCCCAUAAUAUCCUCUACUGUGUAUCCUGGUCAAAUUUCCUCAAAUUCGAUUAAUAUCAAUUUCGGGGAUUCGGAUCCAGAACAAGGAAGAUUUGAUUACUAUCUGCUUACUUUCAGUGGAAACAAUAAGAAUAUUUCAAAAAAAGUGGAAAUGGAACAUGAGAAAUCGUUCACAUUCACAAAGCUGAUUCCUGGAAAGACUUACCAAUUCUCAGUUUACACUGUUUAUAAAGGAGUGAGGAGUCGACCAGUGACUGCUGAUAUUACUACUUAUCCACUUAAAGUGAAUCAACUGUUCCCGGUUGUUGGAAAAGAUUACGUCGUCUUGUAUUGGGAUAUUGAAAAUUUUGCAGAUUCUGAUUGCAGAUUCAGAUUGAGCUACAAUGCAGACAACAUUCCAACAGUAUCAGUUGAAUUAAAAGGUGCAAGUAGACAUCGAUUCUCUGCACUUAAAGCAGAAGUUUAUUAUACAUUCACUAUCACAGUAAUAAUGGGAUUGGGUCAAGCUGCAGCUGAAAGUGAAUCUGAAAUGAUUACGGUAGCAAUACCAAAAGGACGUCUUUCCCCAUCAAUUCAUCGACAGGGAAGUCGAGAACUUGUUGUUGGAUUUGACAAUGAUCUAUCAGUUUUCUCGUUGCUCAAUGGAUCUCCUGAUAAUUUUGCUGUAAUUGUAUCAGACGAUACUGAUCUGAAUGAUGACAAUUAUGAAUUGAAGUCGUGGUUUGAAGUGAAGGAUGAAGAAGUUUGGGGAUCGUACCGCGCAUCUCCAUCCACGUGGAAUCCGUUCGACUCGGAACGAGUAAGACGAGCAGCAUUCACCGUCGGAACUGAUGAUUGUGUGAAAAGAAAUCUGGAUGAGCCGUACUGUAAUGGAAUCCUGCGAGCCGGCACGGACUAUCGAGUAAAAAUUCGAAUGUAUACGGACACAAAAGUGGCAAUGGAAACUGAUUGGGGAAGAAUUGAAGGAGAAAAAGAUUCAGAAGGAGACGAUGACGAAGAAGAGGAAGAAGAUGAUGGUCGCCGUUUCCCUUGCCACAUGUAUUUGAACGGAUGCCGUCGAAAAUCUGCUGAUCGACAGUUCCCAAUGAUUUCAUUCAUUUUAUCAAUCUUUAUCGCAUUAAUAUUAUUCUAGAAUAUUGCAAUUAUCUUUUUAUAUUUUGUGCCUUUCCCCUUCAAAUCAGUAUUAUUUUAUAUCAUCUGACAUUUUCCCUAACAAUUUUGUCAAGAAUAACUUAUCUGUGCACUCCGAGUGAUUAACGUAGUCCGGCCUUCAACCUUAUCUGUUUCGGUCUUUCAUAAUUUUAUUUGCUCCCGGACCAUCUGCUUAUGGGUUUUUUUGUCUAUGUUUUCACACCUAUUUCUCUUCCCUACUUGUCUUUUCUGUUUUCUUUUUAUUUUGAAUUGCCAACUUGCAUUUGUGUUUUCAAAAAGCUCAUGUUCUCACUAUAUAUGAACUUCUUUAUACAUUUAUUAACUGAAUUCGGUUAUUUUUUGAAAUUUACAACUGUCAGCUUACUUUCCAUAAAGUUACAAGCUGGAAUUCUCAAACAGCUAAAUGCACGAACCAUCAUGUU